GCUUUUCUUUGCAUAAUUUUUUACGAUUUUUUUUUUCUGUGCGUGUCAAUUGUUGGAGUGCGAAUAUUGAUGACGAAAUAAGCAGUGACGCGAUGAUGGUCGAAGGCCACGGACUGAAUGAAAUGUCACCAGUAUCAGGGAUCUCACCUGUCUCAUCGUUGUUAUUGGCUGAUCGGUCGACAGGAAAUUCGCUCUUAUUUCCCUGCUGCAGAGUGUCGAUUAUGAAAUAGCACGAAAAAAAAACAAACCGUGGGAAAGAAGAGAAUAUAUAUAUAUAUAUAUAUAUAUAUAUAACAAGCCCGUCUGUCUGAGAGGGAAGAACGAAAGAAAGAAAGAUGCCAGAGUCGGCAGUAGGAGACAUCGGCAACGAGGACUCGCCGUCGUCGGUUGUCCUCAUGAGCAGCGUUGUGGGCCAGGGCCAGGGCCAGGUGUUGCAUCAGCAGCAGCAGCAGCAGCACGCGUUGCGACCCAGUUCGAGUUUCUGUUCGAGUUUGGCGUCCGACUCGGAGUCUGGCAUGGACUCGGAAGUGGAGUGGGACGAGGAGCCGCCGGAAGGCGGCUACAAUGACGGCGACGAGGCGGCCGUGUCCGUGCCGGGCGCCUACAUGACGCUGCGGGACAAGAUCCACGAGAGGAUCAAGGCAGGCGACAAGUUCUUCUCGCUCGAGUUCUUCCCGCCCAGGACCAAGGCCGGGGCUGUCAACCUCUUGUCCAUGUUUGAGAGAAUGGGUAGUGCUGGAGCACUGUUCAUAGAUGUGACCUGGCAUCCAGCUGGGAACCCCGCAGGGGAAACUGAGACAUCAUCCAUGGGCAUUGCAAAUGCAGCCUUGAACUAUUGUGGCCUGGAGACCAUGUUGCACAUGACCUGUUUGGGGAAAACACCUCAGGUCAUUGGUGAAUACUUGGAGAAGGCCAAGCGUUUGGGUGUGCGCAAUGUCCUGGCCCUCAGGGGUGAUCCAAUACCUGGGGGAGAGCCAGACCAGCCUGACGCACUGCAUCAUGCUGUGGACCUGGUAAAACUCAUUCGCCAAACCACUGGACGCCAUUUUGUGAUUGGGGUUGCAGGUUACCCCUGUGGACACCCAGAAGCUGAGAGCUAUGAGAAAGACCUUGAGUACCUCAAGGAAAAGGUGGAUGCUGGGGCGGAUCUAGUCAUCACGCAGCUGUUCUUCAAGGCCGAGCACUUUGUGCAGUUCGAGGCGGACUGCCGCCGCGUGGGCAUCACGGUGCCCAUCAUCCCGGGCGUCAUGCCCAUCCAGAGCUACGACUCCCUGCGCCACAUCGUCAAGCUGUCCAAGCUCCAGGUGCCCGACGAGAUCAAGGGCAUCCUGGAGCCGCUCAAGUGGAACCACGAGGCCAUUCGCAACUUCGGCAUCCGCCACGCCGUCGACAUGAUCCGCACGCUGUUCCGAGCCGGAGUGGCGCCGGGCGUCCACUUGUACACGCUCAACCGGGAAGUGGCGUCCGAGCGGAUCCUCAAGGAAGUCGGGCUGUGGGACUCGGGCCCGCAGCGGUGCCUGCCCUGGAAGACGGCGGCGAACGUGAAGCGGUGCAAGGAGGACGUGAGGCCCAUUUUCUGGGCCAGGCGGCCCAAGUCCUACGUCUACCGCACGCAAAAGUGGGACGAGUUCCCGAAUGGCCGCUGGGGCAAUUCCCAGUCGCCGGCGUUUGGGGAGCUCAAAGACUAUUAUCUAUUCUAUCUCAAGAACAGUACACCCAAAGAGGAACUGCUGAGCAUGUGGGGAGAGCGACUGACUUGCGAAAAGGACGUUUGGGGUGUGUUCGAGCGUUUCAUCAGUGGAGAGAUAAACGAACAUGGAGUAAAGGUGACAACUAUGCCGUGGUCUGACGCGGAACUUGAGCCAGAGACAUUCCUGCUCAAGGACAAACUGGCAGAGCUGAAUAGAAAGGGCAUUCUCACCAUCAAUUCCCAGCCCUCAGUGAACGGGAUGUCGAGUGAGGACCCGACCCACGGCUGGGGCCCCAAGGGCGGCUACGUGUACCAGAAGGCGUACUUGGAGUUCUUCACGGCGCCGGACGUGGUGGACCACCUGCUGGCCCUCCUGCCGGCCUUCCCCACCGUCAACUUCCACGUGAUCGACAAGCGGGGCCGCGUCAACUUGACCAACAUCAACAAGCACAGGUGCAUCGCCGUCACCUGGGGCGUCUUCCCGGGCAUGGAGAUCGUGCAGCCCACGGUGGUCGACCCGAGGAGCUUCAAAGUCUGGAAGGAUGAAGCCUUUGAGCUGUGGACAGAGCAGUGGGGCAAGUUGUACCCUGGGGACUCAGAGUCCAGUCGACUCAUCGAGUCCAUUGCCAAUUCCUACCUGCUCGUCAACCUCGUGGACAACGAGUACAUCCAGCCGACGCGACUCUGGGAGCUGCUGGACGCCGUUUUGAAGCGGAAGGCCGCCACUUCAACCGCCGAUCGAUGACAAACGACAAUGAGACACAUGGACAUGAUAGCACCCUUUUGCAAUCAUCACGUUGUUGUUGUUGUUGUUCCGUCCCUUUUGAUGCUGGUGAUCGCGUUGCACUUGUCGUCGUCGUCAUCAAUGCUGCUGACCUCUCUUGACCUCACGUGGUUUUUUUGCAAUGUACACGUCUGGUUGGUUUUAUUAUAAUUUCUUUUCCUUCUCAUCUCUCUCGUUUGCGGACGUAUUGUUUGUACACACGACCGACGCCACCUUGAAUUGUGUUGUUUGCGGUGAGCAACAUUAAAAAAAAGAAAACACCGUUGGCAUGCACUGGAAUGGUGCUGAGAUUGGGGAAAAGGAGUGUUUGAUUGAAUUCAGUUUCAUUUCUUCUGCACAAAAUCUUAGCAGCUUUUGGAGUUGCAAACAGGACAAUGUCCCCUGCAUGAGGUUAACAAAAAUAAAAAUGUCUUUUUUAACUCUGAUCACCAGCAACCUGACUUGAUCCAUUCCAUGAAGAGAGAGAGAGAGAGAGUAAGUAUCAUUCAGAUACAGGUGGUACCUUGUAAUUUGACCAUCCCGCAAUUCGAUGGUCAAAUGUGCAGAGAGGUUUACUUGCAAUUUGAGCCUUGCCCUACAAUUUCAACUGCUUUUCCUUUUUUUUUUAAAUUUUUGCACUUAUGUUUCAAAUUUG